AUGGAAUUCGAUCCGACGACCCCCCAAUACCUCACCUCAGACAGGUCGAGCUUCGCCUCGGUCUCGGCCGACGACCGAUGGCCCGUUAUCAUCACUGGUGCCAUUGAUGAUUUGCACAGGACUUCCCUUGAGACAAAGGACGAUGAGAAGGCAAAGGAGGGCAAGAGCAUUAUUGAAAAGCUCGCUAAACUGAAGUAUGAGCUUCAGCAUAACAAGAACCUGACCCCCCUUGAUGACGAUGGAUAUUCCGAUAUUGCUUCGUAUAAUCAGGAGCUAGAGCAGCGGGGAAACCCUAAAUGGCACGAUGUCCCAUGGCUCUACGCCGAAUGCUACCUCUAUCGCCGCAUGGAAACAUUCUUUGCACUUUCGAAACACUGGAAGGGAUAUGACGUGUUUAGUCGCCAGAAAAUGUCUACUUUCAAGUCUUCACGCCCGGCCGUUCUGGAGCUCGCUGCUCGGUACCGCGAGUUGGCGCAAGAAGCAGAGUCCGGCAAGGGCUCAGAGGGCAAGUCGGCCGAAGAAAUUGAACAGGCAGAGCGUAUCCUCUUCUCCGAGAUGUGCGAGAUCUGCCUCUGGGGCAAUGCUACCGAUCUGUCGCUCCUGACAUCUCUCACCUACGAAGACAUCCAGAAGCUUCAGGGCACCGAAGCACGAAAAGCCUCCCAAAGCAACAUUCUCGUCAAUGAUCUCGAUGCCGCUUUCGACGUCAUGCAAAAGGCCCGCCGCGAGAAGAAGGAUGGAGAGCGUCGCGUCGACAUCGUCCUGGAUAACUCCGGUUUCGAGCUGUUCGUCGACUUGAUCCUCGCUGGAUACCUGCUGUCAACCGGUCUGGCCACCAGCAUCGUCCUCCACCCCAAGCGCCUCCCAUGGUUCGUAUCCGACGUCACACCUAAGGAUUUCGCCGAUCUCCUCAAUUGCAUGGUCGAUCCCCAGACAUUCUACACUGCACCGGACGACUCGGACAAGACCCAUCCCGCUCUCUCAGACAAAGAAGUCACCGAUGUGAAGUUCCUCUUCGAGCAGUGGAGCGAACUCCACCAGGACGGCAAGCUGAUCAUGCGUCCCCACUCGUUCUGGACUACCCAGGGCUGCUACUGGCGCAUGCCCCGUGUUGCACCGGAGCUUUUCGAAGAUCUGAAGGAGAGCGAGCUCGUUCUGUUCAAGGGUGAUCUGAACUACCGCAAGUUGACCAACGAUGCCCAAUGGGACCCCACGACCCCCUUUACGACCGCCAUCGGCCCAAUGGGCCCCAAGUCUGGUAUCCGCGUUAUGGCCUUCCGCACUUGCAAAGCCGAUGUUGUCGUCGGUCUUCCAGCCGGCGAAGACGAGAAGCUCCGCCAGCUUCCCGAUGGUGGCGGCAGCGAGGCUCGCAAGUGGGCCUGGAGCGGCAAGUGGGCUGUCGUGUCCUUCUCUGAUGGCAAGGCUUAG